AUGGCAAAACCUCGUUGGGCGGAUGGACCAUGGUCGCUAAUCGAAACCCCUUCCAAGACCAAGGAUAUGUCACAACACGGCGCGAUCUUCAUUGCCAAUGAGAUGGCAUGUACUCAUAAUUGCAUUAUCCGCGGCAUGAACAGUAUCUACUUGCAAGCAGAAUAUGUGCAGAAACCAGAAGACAUUGCAGAUUUCCUUAUUUUCGUCAGAUCAUGGGCAAGUUGGGUCUCUGAUCAUCACAUUCUGGAAGAGGGGACUAUGUUUCCAGGUUUUGAGGAAGUUGCUAGGACCCCUGGCCUCCUAGGCGACAACGUGGAACAGCACCACGCCUUCCAGCCGCAGCUGAAAACGCUCUUAGCGUAUAGUACCGACACCAAACCCGAUAAAUACGUGGCCGAGACUAUUCGAAAAACUAUUGAAGAAAUGGCCCCUAGUUUCCACCAGCACUUGAGUGAUGAGAUUAACAGCCUUCUCUCAUUGCAGAGCUAUAAUGGGCAAGCGUUGCUUAAGGUGUAUAAGCGCGCCGUGGCAGAAGCCACAAAGCAGGACAAGCAUGCCGUGCCUCCGUUAGUGCUUGGCCUGCGGGACGUCACUUAUGAGGGUGGAAGCCGAUGGCCUGCCCUCCCUCCUUUGUCUGAGUGGAUCGUACACUAUGUGUUUGGCCGCCGUUACUCUGGCGCAUGGCGUUUCCUUCCUUGCGAUACAUGGGGCAAACCUCGUGCGUUAGCUUUUGGACCUAAGUCAGAAGAGGGAACGACAGUUUAG